UACCAGUCAGUGCACAGCCGUAGUCUCUACCGACGGUGAAGACUGAAGGAGAAGCGGCGCAGUCCAGCAACAGCAGCAGCAGGAGCAGCAGGCUAGGAGAGUGCGUCAGCUCCUCACGUUAGACACGUAGGGUGUUGGGAAUAUGUCACGUCGUGUCUGCGCGUGGAGUUAGCUUUGUGGCAGCACACUCGCACGCAGUUUGUCCGACUUUUCUCUCAUGUGUUUUGAACACUGACGUGAAGCGUUCACAGCGUGAGGUGAAUUGUGUCUGAAUUGUGUCUGAAUUGCACAGGAGGACUGAAUUAGGAGUUAAGAGCGACGCGCUGGGGACGCGCGGUGACAAAUCGAGUGAACCCUGAUUAUACCGGGAAAGAUUUCAGUAUUUAGUUCAGUUUGAAACCAGUUGUGCCUCUUUGGCUGUCCCAACGGCUGAAAAUUGGAGCCAGCUGACUGAGCAAAGGCCGAGAAAACUGAUGAGAACUCACUAAUGGAAAUGGAUGAUAAUGGCCUACAGACCUCUUGCUGUGCUACAAGAUGGUCACAGCAACUGUCAGGCCUUCCUCACAAGCUCCUGUGGCGCCUGAUGCCUUUCCAACGGGAGGGUGUGGAGUUUGCUUUAUCCAAGAAUGGACGAUGUAUGAUUGCUGAUGAGAUGGGUCUUGGGAAGACGGUGCAGGCCAUCGCGGUGGCGUACGCCUUCAGGAAGGAGUGGCCCCUCCUGGUGGUGGUGCCCUCGUCCCUGAAAUAUCCCUGGAUCGAGGAGCUGGAGAGGUGGAUCCCGGAGCUGCAGCCUGGAGACAUCAACCUGGUGGAGAACAAGAGUCACACCAUGGGCAUCAGCAGCAGUAAAGUGACGGUCCUGGGUUACGGCCUUCUCACCACGGAUGCACGCCCCCUGGUGGAGGCUCUGAGCAGGCAGAAGUUUGCUGUGGUCGUGGUGGACGAGUCGCACUACCUCAAAUCCAGGAACGCAGCGCGGACCAAGAUUCUGGUGCCGCUUAUUCAAAGUGCGAAGAGGCUGGUGUUGCUCACCGGUACUCCUGCGCUGGGUCGACCUGAAGAGCUUUUCAUGCAGAUUGAAGCCCUCUACCCCAAUAUGAUGGGAACCUGGACUGAAUACGCCAAGCAAUACUGUAACGCCCACUACAGGUUCUUUGGGGCUCGCAGGCUGUGGGACUGCCGUGGAGCGUCCCACCUGGAGGAGCUGCACCAGCGCCUGAGUACGAUCAUGAUCCGUCGACUCAAGGCCGAGGUGCUGACUCAGCUGCCUCCCAAAAUACGCCAACGUAUUCCCUUCGACCUGCCGAAGGAGGCUGCAAAGGAGGCCUCAGCCAGCUUCGCCGAGUGGGAGAGACUGAUGAGGGGAAUGGGGUCGGGGGCUGUCGACACGGAGGACCCCUUCAUUCAGCUCAUGGGCCUGAUCACACAGAUGUACAAGCAGACUGCUAUUGCCAAGGCAGGAGCAGUGAAGGACUACAUUAAGAUGAUGCUGGAGGCAGAGCAGCUGAAGUUCCUGGUGUUCGCCCACCAUCUCACCAUGCUGCAGGCUUGCACCGAGGCCGCCAUCGAGGCCAAGGCUGGUUAUAUCCGUAUCGAUGGCAGCGUCCCAGCCUCAGAACGAAUCCAGUUGGUGCAUAAGUUCCAGGGUGACCCGGAGACACGGGUGGCUAUCCUCAGCAUCCAGGCAGCCGGUCAGGGUUUGACCUUAACCGCUGCCAGCCACGUGGUGUUCGCUGAGCUCUACUGGAACCCCGGCCACAUUAAGCAGGCUGAAGAUCGAGCCCACCGCAUUGGACAGACGUCCUCGGUCAAUGUGCACUACCUAAUCGCCAACGGCACCUUUGACACCGUCAUGUGGUCCAUGCUGAACAGGAAGGAAACAGUGACAGGGAGCACGCUGAACGGCAGGAAGGAGUAUCUGAGAGCGGACGAGGGCGACAAAGACAAGUGGGAUUUCCUUAACUUUGCUGAUGCGUGGACGCCGAGUGAGAGGGUGAUGUCGCUGGAGGGAAACUCGGGGGAGGACAAGGGGGACGUUUUCUUUACUCACUUUGAAAAGGAUAAGCAGCACGACAUUCGCGCCUUCUUCUCCCCGAGCGGCGGCAAAGACAAGAAGAGAAAGAGACCAGAGGAAGAAGAAACAUCUCCCUCCGUGUCCUCAGAGACGACAGGCGGUGGAACAAAAUCUGAGAAAAGAAAGGAGAGUAAAGAAAAGCAGCUUUCCCAAACUCAAGAAACACUGGAAGUGGACUUCUCUCCUCAGGGGAAGAGAAUACGGACGCCAAAGCCCAGCCCGAGGUCGCGAUUUGGGGGAAAGAGGAGGUCGAUGACUGGGGUGGAUGAAUCCAGCAUCCAGAAGAAGCUGUAUGAGCCUGACCUCCCUAAAGCGUGGAGCUGUGGGGCCUGCACUUACUCCAACAGCAGCCUGUUGCCUUACUGUGAGAUGUGCGAGUUCCCGCGCUCCUCCUCCUCUUCUUCCACGUCUUCCUCUUCUUCUGCCGCUGUCACGUCAGAGCCACCCAGGCCUCCACGACCCCCCUCAAACAAGCCGGACCAGGCAUGCGUUGUCCUCUCCUGCUCCGACAGCGAGCCAGAGCUCAGCCGGGGAAAAGCCGAGCCUCCGAAGUCGGGUGAAGACAAACAGAGACUGGGAGAAGCAGCGGAGGAGGAGGAGGAGGAGGAGGACAAGCGGCAGCUCAAAGGCAAACAAUCAGCGGGAGAGCGAGGCGACAAUGGCGCCGGGGCUGGCGGCUGCCUCCCCCCUGACCACACACAGGACCGGAGUGCUGCGGCGCGUGUGUCUACUGCUGCGGAUGCAAAUGAUGAUGAUGAGGGCAAUGAUGGAGAAGAAGCCAGCACCGCCCAUCCCAUCUACCCGAGCCUGCAGUUCUGUGCCAGCCAGUACACAGACCGAAUAUAUCUGUACUCUAAGGACGCUACACCGCUCGAAUUGAGCUUUGUCCCUCUGGACAUCAAACUAACCAACUGGGACGACCUGCCCGAGGCCUUCAGCCGGCGCCGGGAAAAUCGAAUGCAGGUCCUGAGGUUCGUUCAGGAGUGGAGCAGCCUGGCAGCCAUGAAGCAGAAACAGCUCCGACGCAGCGGCCUCCUCUUCCACAGCCCAACACUCGGCCUGCAGCAGCUGGCCGCCGCCCAGCGCCCACACUCCAGCACCAAGAGGUACCUCAGUAAGGACGAGGUGGCCGAGGCCUCCUUGAGCAAGGCACAGGAGGAGGGGGGCAGCGUCCGACUGGUCACCAAGGGAAACUUCUUUGCAAAGAGGAGGCCUGCUGCUUCGUUUACUCCAACUGCUUCAAAGAGCCAGGACAAGGACUCGGGCACAGCAGCCGAGGAGCAGCCAUCAUUAGAGUCCGGCUUCCUGCAGGCUGUUGACAAUGAAGGCGUCCCCCUGUGUCUGUCCUGCCAAAAGGCUUGCCUUACCACCGGUGGGGCCUGGGACACCCGAUUCUGCACUCACAGGUGCCAAGAGGAGUUCCAGAUGCGCACAAGUCAGACCUACAUGCGUACCAAGGUGUUAGAGGCCGAACAAGGCGUCUGUCAGCACUGCGGCCUCCACGCCCACGACCUCUUCCUGAAGGUCCGGGACGCCCCGCCGGGUCAGCGCAAGGAGGUGCUGGAUAACACUUGGCUGGCGCAGCUGACCAUCAAACAGUUGAACGAGAUGAUCCGCGCUCCGGUCGAAGGCGAUUUCUGGCAAGUGGACCACAUCCGCCCGGUCUACAGCGGAGGAGGCCAGUGCUCUCUGGACAACCUGCAGACGCUCUGCACCGUCUGCCACAAGAGUAGGACGGCGCAGCAAGCCAAAGAGCGGAGCCAGAGGAGGAAGAGUGCUGCAGCCUCCAAGGUUGCGUCAGACAUCAGCAGGUUCUUCUUCGUGAGGAAAUGAGAGCGGAGGUUUGUGAAGAAGAAUUCCUGAAUCGGAACAGUGUUGGCGUGGAUGAAGACAAAUCAUGAUUACUCACUCAUAAAACUCACAUUCACGCCGCUUAAUGAGAGAAAAGAGGAUGCUGGAUUUCACCUUCCGAUGACAUCAGUGGCAUCCUGUUGCAGAUCCGCUUUAAAAACAGCAGCGGAUGCCUCAAAUGCAAAUUCAGCCUCGUCCCCGAAACGUCACAAGUGCGGUAGAUUUGAUUUAUGACGUCCCUGUUUUGCUGGAGGCUGAGGUUGUUUAGAGAGUUGCGCCUAUUUUAAGAUUCUGCAAACUUCGUGAAAAGAAGCAGGUGAGAUGAUUUAGGGCCUUUGUGAUUAAAACGCCACAAUGAAGUGUCCUCAAUGAGGUCUUCAACAAGUGCUGGAGUGUAUGUUUGAGCUCUCUCUCGUGAAAUAAAACCUAUUUUCAUCCUGCUUCAGGUUCCUUCCUCUCCCUCAGCUCGGACUGUAAACACCCUAAGACGCCGCUUCUUCUGACAAGCUAGCAAAUCGUUUCACCGCCUGAAGUCAGGAACAUUAUCGUCCACAUCCACCACGCUCAUACCUCCUCUUCAGCUGUGCUUGAUGAUCUGAACAGGGCUAAAGUCAGUCAGGAGGGCUAUGUUUAGAGAGCCGGAGAGCAGAGUUACUAUGGAAACAAGGCUUCAGGUUCAGCAAUGUCGGGGAAUAUUGAAUCUGUUCUUGUGAGAGUUAUACAAUGAGCCAGACAGACAUCAGAAACUCCAAUCAAUACCAGCAGAAGGCUGUGAAAACGAGGCCGUCACAUUCCUCCGCUGCAGUUUCUCCUUCUUUUCUUUAUUUUUUUUUAUCUCGCGGAGAUGUCGUCAUGUCACGAUUUGUCUGUCAGCAGAUUUCGCCCGUCGCCGCAAAAAGUUUUAACAUUUUUCCUGGCAGCUACUUCCAACUCCUCUCGGCCUAUCACAGCGCACAGUUGAAACUUUCUCCGAGCCCAUGUGGGUGCGAGCGUGGGUGUGUGUGUAUUUCCCCUACGGCUGCUCCAGGUCUCCACUUAAUAAGACCGUUGUUCCUCUCCUGUCCAAACCGACAAGCUUUGUGAGUAAUGAACAUCUCCCAGGCAGCCUUCCAACAACAGCAGGUUUCAGUGUCAGUCCCUGUCAGCAGCCAAUGACUCUGAUCUGCUGUUUUAUUACACCCAAAAGGUGUGUGUGUGUGUGUGUGUGUGUGUGUGUGUGUGGGCGAAACUACAAUUGUUACUGUGUUGCUGCUACUCAAAUAAAG